UGAAGUUUCAGUUCUUAAUUCUACGCAGAUCAACAGAAAAAUGGCGAGUUUGGUGGUGGCGACCACCGCCGAUCCGGCGUCGAUCAAUCCGGCGAAGGCGCUGCUGGCGAUGCCUGGAUGGGAGCAAGGUCCGACGCUGGAAGGCGGCAUCAGAAGUUUCAGAAAUAGCCGCGGCUCUCUUCGAUUGUUGGAGCAUGACAAAUCGAUAAUUGUGGAAGAUAAUCUCGAUUCGAGAUGGGAAGCAGCCACCGGAGAGACGGUGGCGGAGAUGAUAUUUUUAUCCAAACAUGUCGCCGCUUCGACUCGCCCGGCGCUCACUAUUCAUCCGAUAGGCGUGCCUCAUUUGAAGGAUGGGGAUGUUCUGCCACAAGGGGGAAAACCAGGAUGGGCAGGACCUCCUUGUCCGCGUAUGGGGCCAUGGCUGAUUCUAUUGCAGAAAAUUGCUGAAUCUCACAAUUUAGUACCCGAAUUUGAGAUAACAUUGGAGGCUACUCAUCAUGGACCUAUAACGACAACGCCAACGAUGUUUAUUGAGAUAGGCAGCACACAAGAUUACUGGGGGAGAGAGGAUGCUGCUCGCGUCGUUGCUCUAUUAGUUUGGGAAGGACUUGGCUUCGGAGAAAGUCCUGCUGUCGGAGUUUGGAGCAGCUCGACUGAAAGGAAGAAAGUACUUCUUGGUCUUGGAGGCGGGCAUUAUGUGCCACGACACAUGGAUGUAAUAAAGAAGGACGGGACUUGGGUUGGCCACCUCCUGUCCGGAUAUUCUUUGCCAAUGGAAGAACCGAAAGAUCCAAAGGCGAAAGUAACCCCGGAAGACAUUGGAGGGACAUGGAAACAAGCCAUCAAAGUUGCAUUCGACGCCACCCAAGUGGCCUUCCCUGGAGGCGACAUUAUAGCUCAUCUUGAUCACAAGAGUUUCAAAGGCUGGCAGAAGAAUGCCAUUACGGACUUCCUCGGCAAGCAGAACAUAAAAAUUGGGAAGCCGGCUGACUUCGCUUGAUCCGCAUUGCUCGAAUUCUUUUCGGCUUCUUCGGGUAAUGAUUCGCAACUCUAGUUUUGGGUUUUUUAACUACGUAUGCACGUGCAGUUGCUACUAUUUGAGUGCAGUGACUAAACCCUAGUCGAAGGUAAUAGUCAGCAAAUUACUAUAAUACUAAUAAGCACACCCUUUGAUUUAAGGCAUAUUAUUAGAUUAAAUGACACAUGAUAUAUACUUACUGCAAAUCUUCAUUUAGACAGGAUAUUUUCUAGUUUUUCAUUUUUUAUUUUUAUUAUUUCAAAAAAAGAAAAAUUGAGAAUGAAUAUGCAAUUGGUGGAGGUGUUCUGGUUUAUGCAUUGAAGUAGCAAUAUUUGUUUAAUAAUGGAGAAUUAUUUAUGUUCAUAAUGUACUAUUUUGAUUGUAUACAAUUAAUUUAGAGAGUAAAUUAUUUGAA